AUGUUUGGUCAUACCAUCUUUGAUCAUAACCUAGAGUUCUUUUUAAUAGAGUUUAGCGAUCUUAGACUUAAACCACUUCCUGAUCAACCUUUCGAUCUAUUUUCAGGCCUCAGCGCAGAAGAAUCCUCCGAACAAGCUACUAGUGCGUCUACUAAGUUAAGCACUGAUCAUCAAGCAGGAAACCCCACGGCUCCUCCAGAGUCACUAUGGGAUUCCGAGAUUGAUAUGGACGAUGUGCCCUCAGAUCACUCCAGUCCCGAUGAGGACAUUUGGGUUAGUCAGCGCUCUGAGCCACGAACCCACAAAGCAUUAUCAUGGGAUACGAGGAAUUCUCAGUUUCCUACCUAUGAACAAAAGAAACUUGCGAAAAGAAAUGUUGGUACACCGUUUCUUACAGAAGCACCACUGAGUUUUUUCGAUCCUUUAAUAGACCGUUUCAACAAUACGACGCUCAGCAAUGCAAACACGGCAGCAGCAGCCUCGAAUACUACCACCAAGGUUGUCUAUGAGAUAGCACUUGUGAAAGCUCUUUUACAAGCAAUGGAGGGAAUACCUUCCGCCUAUUUUUAUUGGGACGAACAGGAAAGCCUCAGAUCACGCGUCAACCAUUCGAUUCGUAUCUUGGGCGUUAGCCAAUCGGCACUGCAACCUAUGAUAGAUGAUAUACUUCUAUUUGGUACACAAUUACGAGCACUGGAACGCAUAGCAAAUACAUGCAAAUCUCAGCCGGAAAAGUAUGGACUCACUGGUAUGGCCUUUGGCUGCUGCUUAGCUGAAGUGCACAUGAAUAUUCAUUAUUCGAUGAUGAACACAUUUUCUGAAACUCCCAGUGAUUACUUUCGAUUAUCGAUUAUCAAACUACAUCAAUAUACACACCAACUCUCAACGAUCGUCCAUAAAUUAUGCAGUGAGUUAUGCAGAUGUCAAAUAGAUAUAGCAACAACAACAACAACAGCAGCAGCACCUCCAUCCUUCUCCCUACCUUUUGGUGCGCAAUGGUUAAAUUUGUUACAUGCACAAGUGCAGCAAUAUGAUUUGGCGUUACAUGGGGAUCUAUCCAUUUAUAAAAAUAUAUGUUUGGUUUUUCUGAAAUAUACCAGUGUGCCUUAUUUGCAUAUGCUUAGUGAAUGGUUACAUCUAUCCGACAGAUCAUCCUCUGACAUGAGUUUGGAUCAUUGGGACCCUUACGGCGAGUUUUUUAUUGAGCAAGUAGCAACUUGUCAGAAGGACGUGAUGGAACAAUUUCAGGUACGAUCAGAAGUCAUCCUUCCUCAUUUCAUCGACGAAAAGUUGGCUCAGUACAUAUUACGCUCAGGAAUUUCUCAGCGAAUGUUGAAGAGAAUCAAGCCAGACCAUCCGUUGUUCCACUUGCAGGAUUCCUUCUCCUUGAAAUACGUCCUCAGUAACGUAGAGUAUUCAGAAUAUAAAACGAAUCACGACCAUCUAUGUCAUUUCAUUCAAUCAUACAACCGUGGUGACGUGAUCAACGUGGAUCAUUAUGAAAGGGUGGAUGAACAGCAACACUCUCCGCAAACAGAACAACAAGAAGAGCAAGAAGGUCUGACAUCAUCGUCUAGGGAUGGUACAUCCGAUAAUGAUACCCUGCUGCAAAAUAUACCCCUACUACCGUUAUUAGAUGAAAGCAUUCGCCUUUCAAGCGAGUUUAUGACUUGUUUGAACGAUUUGCUUUCCCAACAGCAGCAACAACAACAACAACAUCAUCAUCAUCAGAACGAAAAUGAAGAAGCAUCUGCGACGUGUACGAAAUACACAGACACUUAUAUACCUACACUGAAUACCAUCACGCGAUACAGUUACAUUCAGCCAUUGAAACAGUGGUGCUUACUGCUGAACGAAUCGUUUAUGCUGUCAUUUUUGAAGCAAUACAAACUUCAGCAUCACCUCUCACUGCUCAGCGACGUGUUCUUUCUCAAACAUGGAACAUUCGCAGCAGGUUUAAAAAGAAUCUUCUUUCCCACUCAAGAUUGCGUUCGCUUAGAUUAUAGAGGAAAUCGAUGGCCACCCAAAGCAAUAGAACUGAAUAUGGCUUUAAGAAAUCUGUUGCUGGAGAACAAGAUAAACAAUGAGCUGGAAGAUGAUAUACUCACGUUUACUAUACGAAAACCAUCAGAUACAACCCGUUGUCGUUGGAUGGACCCCCAUGCCGUGGAAGCACUCGAUUUUUUAAAAGCGAAUUAUUGUGCAAAAUAUUCUCUUCCUAUGGUCAUGACACCGACUAUUAUCCACAAAUACAAUCGUAUCUUUACUUUCCUUUUGCGACUACUAAGGACAAGCACAGUUACCAAAUUAUGCUACACGAUGUUAAGAAGGAUCGAUUGGCAAAGCAAUCAAACGCGCGGAAAACUAUUUCAAAUGUGUUUUCAAAUGGAUCAAUUUGUAAACGCUAUAGAAAACUAUGUCCAUGGCACAGCCAUAGAAAAUACUUGGACAUCGUUUGAGCGGAAUGUCUCGAGGAUGAUCCAGGAACAACAACGACAAGUGGGUGCGACAGCUGAAUACGAUAGCGACGACAACGGCAACGAUAGGGGGCAACCACAAGGAGGGUUAACAGAUUACACAUUGGCUAUUAUGGAACCCUAUGCUUUUCGUAGUUAUCAUGAACACAUUCUUGACAGAAUUUUGAUACAAUGCUUUUUAAAAGCGAAUCAGAGACGUAUUCUGAAUGUGUUACAUCCUAUCCUGCAAGAUAUCAUUUCAUUUGGAAGAAGGAUAGAUGACUAUUACAAUGUAGUUGCAAAAACGACGACGACGACCCAUUCAGCGGGUCCAGAAAAAGACUUUGCAUUGGGGUGCGAACGUAUUUUUAAACAGUUUCAAGCCAAUGUGCAAGUGUUUGUGGAGAUACUAAGUAUCAUGGAAGCGAAAGGAUCAGGAAGUUUGGCCAAUAUUUUAAGUGAGACAGACGGCAAGGGCAGCCAUAGCCAUCCAAUGUUUGUCGAUUUGUAUUGUAGAAAUGAGGCAAAAGAAGGCUUGGAUAACUUUGCACGAGACUUGUUGAUACGAUUAAGCUUCAACCACUUUUAUAAUCGAACAGCUAAAGAAGAAGUAUAA